AUGCAGAACUUAGUCCAAUAUGCGAGGAAAACAUCGCAGUUUGUGGACUCACUAGGGGUGGAAACAAAAGGUAUACACAGAUAUCUCCCUAACGAGAGAAACAACGAACAAUCUAUUCGGCCAUAUAUAUCUACCCUUGGCUUAUGGAUUUCCGGAUGUGGUGGAUUGACUGCAAUGUCUUCAUUCUUUUUGGGGCCGCUUUUAUUUGGACUGGGUUACAAAGAUACACUAAUAUGUGGUAUACUGGGGUUACUUUUAGGCUGCUUAUUUGCGGCAUAUUGUGCAACAAUGGGCCCAAGAAGUGGGUUGCGGCAAAUGUGCAGUUCAAGGUACUUAUUUGGCCCAUGGAUGGUUAGAAUAGUGGGAUUGAUUACAAUUAUUGGAUUUUUAGGAUGGAGUGUUACAAAUAGUGUUCUUGGUGGUGAGAUUUUGAAAUGGUUGAGUGGGGGGAAAUUAAGUUUAAGUGUGGGCGUUAUUAUUGUUUGUAUUGUUAGUUUGGUUGUUGCCUUAUUUGGUAUUGAAUAUAUUAUGAUGUUUGAAGGGUUUAUUGGUAUCUUUGUGAUGAUUGUUGUACUUCUACUCUAUAUUAUAAGCGGUAAAGAGUACACUCAAUAUACCAACUUACCAACGAUAGGAACCGACUCUUUGACAAAGAUCGGCAACAGAAUUUCAUUUUUCACCUUGGCGUACUCAACGACAACCACGUGGGGUGGCUGUGCCAGCGAUUAUUAUGUUGUCUUUCCUGAAAAUGUGCCCCAAAGUACCAUAUUUGUGUUUACAUUUUUUAGCAUUGGAAUCCCUUCUUUAUUUAGUGGAGUCAUUGGUAUGUUAAUUGGAAAUGCUGCUGUUGGAAAUAAACUAUGGAACGACACAUAUGAAGAAAAGUCAUUAGGUGGUUUGCUAAAUUUGGUGUUUGAUAGAUGGGGCAAUUUUGGCAAGUUUCUACUUGUUAUUUUGUGGUUGUCUUUAAUCACAAAUAACAUCAUCAAUACAUAUUCGAGUGCAUUAUCUGUUCAGUUGCUAGAUGAUCUAGCAUAUAGGUACCUGCCAAGAUGGUUUAUUGUGAUUAUCAUAUUUGCUAUUACCCUGGUUUGCUCUUUAGUCGGCAGAGACCAUUUUUCAUCCAUCUUGUCAAAUUUCUUGCCAAUGCUUGGCUAUUGGGUCACCAUUUAUUUUAUCUUGUUAUUGGAAGAAAAUGUGAUUUUCAGGUCAACCAGGUUGGUUAAACUAUUUCGAAAAGAACUGUAUGAAGAGCUAUACCUAUCGAGGUUACAAAUGGGAGAAGAUUAUACUACUUCCAACGACAGUGAAAAGGCUGAGGAGUUUCGCAUGGUGAAUAAUACCGUGACUUCUUCUAAUGGCCUGUCACUAUCGUCACCUUCGACUUCCUCAGCCUCCUCAACACUUGUCAAAGGUAAUACAGUUCCACCAUUUUCGACGGUUUCUUCUGUUCCAUAUUACAAUUUUGAGGCAUGGAACGAUAAAUAUGUUCUUACUAAUGGUAUAGCUGCGGUUUUUGCCUUUUGUUGUGGUGUUGCCGGAGCAGUAGUUGGUAUGAACCAAGUUUACUAUGUCGGACCAAUCGCAAAGAUUGUGGGGGAGUAUCAUGCAGAUUUAGGGGUGUUUUUGGCGAUGGGAUUCGCUGGCUUGUCGUAUCCUCCUGCAAGAUAUAUUGAGCUGCUUUACUUCAAAAAAUGA